AUGCCUCACGCAACCGAGUGCGCAAAUUCGAUUACUGUAGUAUCCGGUUCGUCACCGAUUUCUAUCCCUGGCUCGACUAGCGGCUACGGACGUUCUUCUGGUCCUUCGUAUAAUACUUCUGCUGCGACCGCGAGGUCAAACCCAUUAAAUGAUGACGUCUAUAGCAAUCCCUUAUCACAAGACGUUGACAACAUGGGCCUCGGCUUUGAUCAAACCUACCCAGUAUUUAAUGUGGGAAUGUACCCUUCCUCUCUUACUUCUGAUCCAAACUUACAGACAAGCUAUUCUCGCAAUUACAAUUGCUGUGGAAUCGAUCAUCAAAAUUUUCACGACCUUAUUCAACAUGCGGACAAUUAUCAUCGUGGAAUGAUCGUGCAAGACGGUGCAGUUAUCCCAAUUCCUCUCGAAGCAAAUACUGUUUAUUCGCAGUAUCGAUGUAAUUCAAUGCCAAUUUCGAUGUCUGUUUCAUCCAUCCAACCUUCUUUGAAUACUUCGGUACCGAAUGGCUCCGCUCAUGAACAAAAAAAUCAUCAGAACGGUACACAAGGAAAUUUCAACUCUGUCGCAUUAUCCUCUAUAUACUCUGUUAAUAACCAAACUGCUCAAAGUUAUAAACAGAAGGGUAACUUGAAUAAUAAUGGAUUUGAGUAUAGCCAAAUUGAGCUCGCACAAAUUAAUGGGUUUGGCCAUAUUAACGGUCUCGAACAAAUCACAACUGGUCAAAAUCAGGACUCAUGUGACCAGAAUGAUUUCAUGUUGGCAGCAGCAUUAUACCUUUAUGAUCAUAAUACUUCCACAUUGCGCAAUACGAAUUUCCCGUUCGAGGAUCAAACGUCAUCGUCCAUGUCAACAAGUCUUGAUGAUGAUUCUUACCCUUCAAAAGCUCUUCAAAUGAACCAGCAAGAUCCUUUAUUAGUUAAUAACUCACCACAAUCCGAUUAUGCCUCUUCUCCUGUCAGUUCAGAUGACAACUUUGACGCUGUCUCCCCCAUUUCAAACGAUCGUGUCAUGUCCAUCUCAAACUUAGGACAAGCGGCGGCUGUUUCACCAUCAAAAUCUAAAGCCAACCCUCAGGAUAAGAGCCCUCAAAGAACAUCAUCGUCUACACCUUAUGGGCAGAGACUCGUCCCAUCACCAAGCAAUGGUGCCAAUACUACUAUUAAUGCUCAACAAAGACGUCUGUCCUCAUCAACUCAAAAUACAUCUUAUGCGACCAUGAAUAAUUCAAGGCAAAGGCCCAUCGCGACAAACAAUGUUCAACAAAGGCGUACUUCUUCUAUAUCCCCAUAUAAUUCUGAGCAAGUAUCAUCGAGCUCUGAUCCUAGUAAAUCUAAUCAAGGAGCCUCAAAUUCAUCAAAUACCCCUAUUUCUUAUGGAUAUAAUAGUAGCUUUUUACAACCUAGGCGAUCGUCAACUUCAAAUAUUAUCUCAGCACAUCCAGUUGUAACUACGAUGCCCCAAAAUGAACAUCAGUAUAGGUCUAUUAAUAUGUCAAAUUUAGUACAAGGAAGCGUCACAACUUCAAAUAGGCCCGUUGCUCAACUCAGACGCUCAUCUACCUCUAAUUUGGCGGCGGCGCGAAACAUUGCGACAACUGCACCCCAAACUUAUAGUCACAUCUCAAUCGAUAAUAAUGCGUUGGCGUCAUAUAUGCCCUCUGUUACCGGCACACAAUACUCUGUGAACUCAGUCGACGGUUACCCGCUGGUAGGGUAUAUGUCUUCCGGAGAGACUGGCUCCGGAACAGCCACGCAAUACUCGGCAAAAUAUCAGCGAAUCCAACCGAAGGCUGGUAACGGAGUUGCAAUGUCAGAUGUCUAUUCCGACCCAUCACUUGGUGCGUCUGGUAUCAAAUCAAAGAAAAGGGCCACCUCCACAUCAUCGGUCGAUAAUAAAUCAGUAAAACGACGUACUAAUAAACCUUCUGAUGAAUCUGUCGCUGAUGCUUCCGCUGCUAUUCAUUCUUCCGAUUUGUCUUCUGAUGUCGUGCAGAAUAGAGGUGAAGCCGAUAUAUAUCCUUACAAAUGCUCCGUUCAUGGAUGCCCGAAAGCAUAUAAAAAUGCAAACGGAUUGAAAUAUCACAACGAACAUGGUCACGCACAACAAAGCGGUAACGGAGCUCGUGAAAAGCCAUGGGCGUGCCGCAUUGGAGGUUGCCUAAAAACUUACGGCAGCAAAGGUGGCCUCAUAUAUCACGUUAAACAUUGCCAUCCUAAUGAUUUGUGGGCCUUGCCCUAA